CACAAACGGGGCACAAACUUGUCUAAGACUUUAGCUGGGGGCGCACUCGUUGCCAUGGCGGGCUCAAGUGUGCCUAAGGCAAGCAGAGUGCUGAUGCCCGUACUGCUGACCUGCCUGCUUCAGUUCAUGCUGGCAACUGCUUUGUCCCAGGAUGAUUACGUUCGUCCUGCUGCAAAGCCCGAUAUCAACCCUCGCGACUGGGAUUCGAAGAAUUUCUGGUUUGGAUGGCGCAAGUGGAGGAAAGAUGCGGAUGAGCCCGAGCAGGUGCACAUUACGCACGUCAAACCCGGCCAGGUCAGUGUCACAUGGAUCGUCCCCAGCCGGACUAAGACCAAGUCGGUUGUCAUGUACUCCACCGAGCCUGAGAAGUACUCCAACGAGGCCACAGGGGUGUCUGAGACAUAUGGGUACACCAUCUCGUACAAGUCAGGGCGCAUCCACCAUGUGACUCUGGGGGACAAAAAGCGUCUGCUGCCGGAUACGACGUACUACUAUCGGGUUGGCGACCCGAAUUCCAAGAUCAGCAAGGAGCUCAGCUUCAAGACGCUGCCCAGCCAGGGCCCAGAUGUGCCGCUCAAGUUUGUUGUGAUCGGUGAUCUGGGCCAGACAGAGUGGUCACAGAGCACCCUGGGGCACAUCAGCAAGACCGAAUAUGACAUGGUUAUCCUGGCGGGAGACCUGUCUUAUGCAGAUAGGUAUCAGCCCCGUUGGGACACAUGGGGCCGCUUGGUCGAGCCCGUCUUCAGCCGCGCACCGUUCAUGUCUGUAGAGGGCAACCACGAGAUCGAGACGCUCGCGUUCAACCUCCCCACUCCUUUUACCGCAUACAACGCGCGCUAUCCAAUGCCCUUCCGGGAGAGCGGUUCGGAUUCGAACUUGUACUACUCGUUUGAGGCAGCUGGCGCGCACGUGCUUAUGCUGGGGUCGUAUACCGAGUACCACCCGGGGUCCCCGCAGUACAAGUGGCUUGAGGAGGAUCUGAGCCAGGUCGACCGCUCCAAGACCCCCUGGCUGAUCGCUGUUUUCCAUGCCCCCUGGUACAACUCCAAUUUCGCCCACCAGGGCGAGGGCGAUCUGAUGAAGGCCGCCAUGGAGGGCCUGCUCUACUCGGCGCGCGUGGACAUCGUGUUCAGCGGCCACGUGCACGCAUACGAGCGCUUCGAUCGCGUCUUUGAGGACAAGGCCGACAAGUGCGGGCCCGUUUACAUUGUUGUCGGGGAUGGAGGCAACAGAGAAGGCCUCGCGACCAAGUACCUCGACCCACAGCCGUCCAUCUCUCUCCGGCGCGAGGCCAGUUUCGGCUACGGCGCUUUCGAGCUGGCGAACAGCACCCAUGCCGUCUGGAGAUGGCACCGGAACCAGGAUGAGGUGACGGUGACGUCAGACGAGGUCUGGCUCCAAAGCUUGGCCCGACCCGGCAGCCCCUGCGGUGCAUUGGUGACAUAAAAUCAAGAGGGUCUGCAGUGGCGGUCCUGAGAGGUCUUCUGCAUGGCGCUCAGGGUGCGAUCCUUCGACGAGCCGAUCUGAUGCCUUUCGGAUGAGCAUUUUGUAAAUAGAUCAUAUCUGUUCUGCUUGUACACUAGCCAAUGGCACCUUAUAAGCACAGGACGAUGCUUCGAGCUUUUUUCGAAGAGGGCCAAGUGAUUCAUUGGUGAACCUACUGGGCGAACAAGAGCAGGCCAACAAGCCUGGAGCUUUCAAAGCGUACUGCAAACUCGUUGUCUGUCUCGCAACAUUGAACAUUGCCGCGUUUAGAGAGGCUGAUUUUGCCUUUUUGGCUCUAACUCACAGGCUCUCAAAAUACUGAUAUCAAUGCCAUCUCCUAUAC